UCCCCGAGCGGCAGCACUCGGCGCCAGGACCCUCCAGGUCCUUAGAAAUCGAAGCCAAUGGCCGAGCGCGCCCGCGCCCUGGAGCUGCUGGCCAUGUUGCUGUACGCCGGGGCCUGGCUGUGCAUUCUGGGGGCGACAGUGUCCCCUCGCUGGCUCAGUAUGUCCACCUCACUGUUACCCAUGGAGAGCUACGAACUGGGCUUAUGGGAGACCUGCGUGGUUCAGGACACAGGAGGCAUGGAGUGCCGUGCCUACGACAGCCUCUUGGGCCUCUCGCUGGACCUCCAGUUGGGUCGCGUGCUCACCUGCGCCUCCCUGGCAGUUGGCGCUUUAGGCUUCCUGGUGGCCAUUCCUGGGUUGUCGCUGGUCAACGGGUGCGAGGACGACGGUGCAAAAAUGACUUUGAGCACCGCGGGAGGGGUGCUAGGGAUGCUCUCCGGGGUUCUGUGUUUGAUCCCCGUCUCAUACGUGGCGCACUCGGCCGUGGUGCGCUUUUUCGACGACACCUUGCCCGACGUGGUGCCUCGAUGGGAGUUCGGCGACGCUCUGUUCUGCGGGUGGGCGGGGGGUUUCGUCCUGGCGGUGGCCGGACUGCUCCUGGUGGUCACCGCCCGCUCGGCCGUCCAAGCAGCGCCCCCUCCGGCAGCCCCGCAAAGGAGGUACCAGGUGAUGAACACGGUGCUGGCGCGGGCCGAGUAUGUAUGAACUACUGGAAAUCAGACUCAAAUAAUCAUCGAUAAUCAUUUUGUCAGUUUGGAAUGUACAUAGAUGUGUAAAUAGAUGAAUAGAAGCUGCUGUUAAAUAUUAAAUCAUUAGCUGCCAUCGAUGGCGAUGGACGUCCAAUCAACUUUGACUGGUCAGUUAAAGCGUCUAUCGCUGUCAAUGGCACUGAAUGAGUUUAUGUGUUAUGAAACUAGUCCAUGCAUUUUUCAAGGCUGCGUUCAAGCUAAAAUGUUCAGACUGUAAAAAGAGCACUAAAAUUGUACUAUA